CCCUUCAAGAAGAUAUUGCGUUCAUUCUCCGGAUUUUCAUUCAUGGAGUGCGCCGAAACGUUUUCAGGAUGAAUAGUCGGGUCACGCCUCCGCAAAUAGAAGCAACUGUGUAAAGAAGCCUUUGUAGUGGUGUUGCUGGCACUUGUUCCCACCGAAACUGGGACACGGGAGCAGUGCCUCAUUCCGGGUGAAUUCCCCCCAAAACAACGCUCGUUGAAAUUAUGGUGACGUUUUUUUUACCAUCCCUCGCGGAAUAGCCACUCAAUCUUCACAUCAUAGAUGCAGAGCUAACACCUCUCUCUGAAGGACCGGUUCGAAAAUGGCUAUCGUGGUGAAGUGUUGCUUCGAUCGGCAAAUUGAAUUGCCGCAGUCUUGUGUCGAUAAUCCAAUCGUGUCCAAGUGCACCUCCAAUAACUCAAAAUGUUGCUUUGGAAUGGGAACCCCUCGCUACAAGCACCUUGUAGACCAUAUUUAUCCAAACUCUCCGCAGGAGGGACUUGUGAAAAACAAUAUGGAAAAGUUAGCAUUUUAUGCGAUCUCAUCUCCAGAAAAAUUGGAUCGUAUUGGCGAGUAUCUCCUGGAAAAAGCAAGUCGUGACAUAUCAAGGAGGAGAUAUGGAUUUGUAAAAAUUGCAAUGGAGGCCAUGGAUCAGUUGCUGCAGGCAUGCCAUGCUCAGUCGCUGAAUUUGUUUGUGGAGAGCUUCCUGAGGACAGUUCAAAAGUUAUUAGAAUCAAGUGAACCGGAACUUCAGAUUUUAGCAACACAAUCAUUUGUUAAGUUUGCAAAUAUUGAAGAAGACACUCCUUCCUACCACAGACGUUAUGACUUCUUUGUUUCUAAGUUUUCCUCAAUGUGCCACAGUAACCAUCCCUCUCCAGAGACUCUAACGCAGUUACGAGUUGCCGGUAUCAAUGGACUCCAGGGAGUCAUCAGGAAGACUGUCUCUGAUGAUCUAGUGGAAAAUAUUUGGGAAUCGAUUCACAUGGAUAAAAUUGUUCCUUCAUUACUUUACAACAUGCAGGACUCAAGGUAUGAGAAAGACUCGGAAAAUCAUGAACCUAUAGUUGACGACUGCGAUAUAGACCCGCCGAGUUCUGCUGAAACUGUCUUCCGAGAACUUGUUGGUAGAGCUGGUUUCGGUCACGUUGAUUCUGUCAUCAAACCAGUUCUGAGGCAUUUAGAUUUACAUGGAUUGUGGCUGCCAAAUACAUUUGCUGUUCAUGUCUUUAAAAUACUAAUGUUUUCCAUUCAGUCUCAAUACACCUACACAGUUGUGGAGAGUCUGAUUAUUCAUUUAGAUAAAAAUUCAAAAACUGCAAUCAAAAUUCGCACCAGCAUUGCAGAAGUUUUAGCAAAAAUUAUUGCAAUUGCGGCUAGUGAUAGUGUUGGGCCUACUGUUCUAGAAAUUAUCAAUUCUCUCUUGGCGCAUUUACGGACAUCAGCAGGUAGACAACGUCCUACAGGCCAUGAGCAAGACGAAGAGCAGCUGUAUCAGGAUGCUCUGAUUCAUGCCUUGGGAGAAUUUGCAGCUCACUUACCGAAUUAUCAAAAAAUAGAGAUUAUGAUGUUUAUCAUGUCCAAAGUACCCUCGGCUUCAGGAGGCAACAGGAACCUAGCAGAGAAAGAUAUAGUUCUGCAAAGGAUCUGUCUCCAGUCUCUUUUGAUGGUGAGCACAAAAUAUAAUUCCGUUCAGAUGACGCAAACAUUCCCGCAAUCAUUUUUAGAACCAUUGCUGAAAAUGGUUACCGCAGCAGAUUGUGAUAUCCGACUACUAAUUUUCCGUAUUCUGCAUACCCUUUUAGAUAGACACGACAAUUAUUGUAGACUCACAAAACCAACGACUGAUGUAAAUAAUCUAGAUUUGGUGCUUGUUAGCUGUUCGCGGCAGGAUGCUAUAUUUAUGCAUAAAUUUGGUCGCGAAUUCUACAUAAGCCUCUAUGAAAGUUUAGAGCUCGAAAAUAAUGAUGUAGAUAAUAUAGAAGCAAUUUAUUCAACGUUAGCCCUUUUGCUGGUUGAACUUUAUUCAGAAGAAAUGGUGCUAGAUUUUCUUAUCUUCAUUCUAACUAUUCAGGAUCUGGCCUUAACUAGUACAUUGUUGUCUGAAUCGCAAAUGUAUAAUUUGCACAUACUGGUCAUAUCUUUGUUCGCCUUGAUUCCGAAAAUCAUUCCACUUCCACUGAAAGAUUACGCAGACAAGAUUAUUGAGACUCGUUCAUCAACCAGUGCUUUCCAUCUGCUACCUCCAAUGGAAGAAAUGCAUACAGUAAAGUCAGAAACACCUGUCCCCAAUGGAUGCCUAUUAGAACAAAGUCAACUGAUCGAAAUUUUGCAGUCUGCCGGAGUGGAUGCUGCUCGUUUGAGUAGCUCACCUUCAAUGUUGCCAGGUGCAACAAGUUUAGGUCAUAGACACAGUUGGGUCGAAAGUGCCGCCGCGAUGAAAGGAAGUGUUACUGACAUUCAUUCCAAUUUAGAUAGUGGCUCAUCAACACCAGGAAUACAGAGGAAAUAUCCGAAUGAAGAUUUGACAUUUGAGGCAAUGAAAAGAAUUAUUUCCGAAAAUCCAGACGCAAAACGUGAAAGGGAAGCUGAGCGACAAAACCAAUUGUAUGAAACAUUUAGAACCACUUCGUUCAAUGAACUUGUCACGAAGAAUAUAAUUGAUGAUGAAGAGACUUUGCAAGCCACAAUUAAUGAGAUUUUCAGUAAAUUGAAUGCAGAUUCUCGUAUCAUAUCUCCAUCCUCUGAAUCUCGUUUAGCUGUCACAUCGCCACAAGGUCAAAAGCCGAUGUAUGAACUCCUGUUCCCGGAACUUUUCUCCUACUAAUACUGCCUUUGCUGUGAAUCUUUCUCUGGAGUUUUGUUCAAUUAUCACGUAUACUUCCUUUUCAUGCACUAGGUGGUGCUGUUAGAACCGCCAUUCUAUUGAUAUUUUUUAGAAAAUGGUCAUCAAGUAAGUGGCUUUUUGAGGACGGUAGGAUGUUUAAAGGUGUCAGUAUUGAAUAUUAAAUUCAAAAAGUUUGAUGAAAGUAAGUAACUUUUUUACCAUCAGGUGUUAAGGUGAUUCCUGAUGAAAGACAUUUCUUACUGAAUCAUCAUAUCCUCAUGUUAAAAAAAUGCAAGGUGUAUACUUGAAGCGUUAAUUAGUAUACAUUCACUGAUCAUAAUUUAAAGUUCGAAAGUAUGUGUGGGUACAUAUUUCAUAAAAGUUGCAAUGAAACAGUAUUUGAUGCAAUGAAGUACUCAGCAUUUGACUGGUUAGAUCGCAACGAAGCAUUAUUCAAAGCAAUAUUGCAAUUCGAUUUUUUGGUGAGUCUGUAAGCCAUGAAAACCAUAUUGUUUUAAAUUAAUUUUGUUCUUAAAAAAAGAAAAACAAUUGUGAAAAAGUUUAAAAUGCAUAAGAUUACCCAAAAAAAUUUGUACAAGAAAUAGAGGAAGCUUCCUGAAGGGCUUUAGGAGGAGGUGUGUGUUAAGUGGCUCUUACGUGUGUAAGUUUCACAUAAGAAUCACCUUGAUACAGUACCUUCCAGUGGUGCUUUUGGUGCUUGGAACCAAAAAAUGUUGAAAAAAAUGUGUUUACCUUCGGUUGUGGAUGGUGGUGGUUUAUCUACUAACCUAUUUGAAUCCAAGAUAUCAUGUGUUACAAAGGUUGAUCCAAAGUGGACUAAAUUUUGAACUUUAUCUUGUUCAUGAAUAGCGCGUUUUGCAAGUCUGCUUUGGCUCAACAUAUGUAUUUUGAUUCUUGUGAUCUUUCUUUUCCGUCCCGCCUAUUUUACAAACUGAUUUUAGGAUGCUAAUAAAGUUUUUUUUUUUCAUCAGAAAUGGCCAGCUUUAAAAUUCAUUUCUUUCAAUUUUUUUAUUUGACUAUACACCGCAACUAUAUUUAUAAAAAUAUAUAUAAAUAAUGUAUCGAUUCUUUCUUCAUUACAAAUCAGCUAUCCAUUUAUAUCUCAUUUCUGAUGCUUUUAUCCACAAUUAUCACAAAGUUCUCUGAUGACAGUUGUAUUUAGGAAUUCAUAAACAUCAAUUUGCAAUGAUUUCCUCUUCCGCUAUCCUUAUGAAAAGCAUUGUAAAUUCAGUAAUAUAUUUCCAAGGUAACGAAAUUUUUUAAGUUUUCUUCUUAACAAAUACACUCAUUGCUCCAAAUUUUUGAUUGAUAGUUUUAAUCUGUGUAUAUUUAUUUCCAUUGUUUUUUUUUUUUUGGUAAUUUAAAAGUUAUGACUUCUGAAUCUUCCAGAACAGGAAGUAGCAAGUCUUCUGCAAAUCUGAAUGAAUUUCUGCGUUUUUACUCACGACUGCAGACUAGUCGAAAUGUCGUUAUUGUUCACUGCCUUUUAGCUUUUUUAAUCAAAUAUUAAAUUAAAUUAAAUUAAUUAAAAUCAAUAUAAAUAUUUCUGAAUAAGGUCUUGGUUCCACCUAUUUAUUCACCUUUUAGUAUCUUGCUAGGAAAUUAGUGUGGAGCAGGGCAAAACCAAAUUUUAGAACAAUGUCAAAAAACAAGAACAAAAAUCUUCAGCAAUUUAUAAUCUAUGGUUUGGGAGUAUAAAGUUCUUUAUUCAGAAUCAAAAAUAUGUCUUAAAUACUGUAAGGAUAGUAUAUAGAUUACAAAUCAAAGUGGGAUGUGUAGCAAUUAAUAAAAGAUUAAUUAGUUUACACAAUGUAUUAAGUAUUCGAUCCUCUGUAUUUAUCAAAUCCUCAACAUGAACAGUUUUUCAGCUUAAAAAAUACUAUCUAUUAGAACAGUCAAGACAAAUACUAUUCGCGAGCAGUUACGCUUAAAUUAAAUUCUGGUAAUGGGCAGAAAUGAUCUUACAGAAGGGACUGUUGGAUAUUACAAGAAGACUUUCUAUCUAUAGCUAAUAUUUUUUUUUUUUUUUUCAGAGACUUACUUAAGUUUAUAUUGUUACUUCACUCCCGUGUAAAGUCUUCUGUUUGUCAGGUAGACAAUUUUUUCUUCGUGAUGUAUUCAUUUAUUCAAUAUUUUUUUUUUUUUGUAAAAAUACGUAUCCUCUCUUUAUGUAUCUGAAAAUUCUGUAAUUAUUUAUUUUUUUCUCUUGGCGUUAAUACUUAAAGAUAUUAAAUUUUAAUCUACUUUUUGUGAAAGACUUUCCUGUUACUCCGAGUUUUCUGCUGUAUACAAAGGUUCUUUAUUCCUUUUUCAGUUGUAGAUGCUUAAAAUUUUCAUCUUGAAUAAGCUAAUUUAAGUUUAUCCCAAACUUAUGUGAGUCCCAGUAAUUCUUGUUUGAGCUCAAAUCUUUUGAUUUAUAAAAUUCCUGAAAGAGCCACCAGCCAACAAGUUUAAUUGGCGCCACUUACAGUAGACCCCAAGUUUCCCUUUCUUGUAUUGAUGGAAGUAUUGUCCUCCAAAAAACAAGGUGAUGUCAUGAGUGAAGCUAGUGAAUGGCAUGAUUCACUGUGUAUUGGUUACCUUAGUGAUGAACGUCUAAGAAUCAUAGCACAUAUUCAUCGCAGAUUGAGACGAAAAAGAGAGAAAAACUGUGGAAAAUACAGAUUGCAAAAUUCCAAGUCACAAACAUUGUUCUACAACAAGCAACAUUCCUCAAAAUAAUUUGCCGUUUACUUAGAACGAUCUUGGUUAUUUUUUUAUUCAUUCUUAAAAUUCAAUCGUGAAAACUCCCUUUAUGUGACACUCGCAAGUGACUGAUUGAAUGUCUCCUCUGUCAAGUAAAUUGCUAAGCUUCACCUAAUCCAGCCAAGUCAAACUAUUACCUACUUUUCAUCCUGUAUUGUUAAUUAUUGUUAUUGUUGUUUCUUUAAAUAAUGUUAUUGUUGUUAAAAUUUUACAUGUAUAUUUUUAUGGUUGUAACUUUGAAUGAACAGCUCAGUUAUUCUUGAA